AUGAGGAGUUCCCUGCUAGACCAAACCAAUAACUCUUCCCUUGGCUACACCUACAUCCCCCCCCCCAUGUUCACAGAUGCAGACACAGAGGCAGACACAGAGGAAAGAGACACAGGAGGAUGCAUCACUGCGCCCCCAAGGAGGAAACUUCGCUCAACAUCAGGCUUCCUUCCAGGAAAUCCCGAAAAACCUCACAUACUGCCACGUAUAUGCAUCAUCUGCAACAAAAAGAAGAGGUGGAGUUCGAACAAGAGGACAAGAAAAACUGUGAUUGACAAACUUUCCCAAUGCCAGACGCUCACUGCAGGAAAACUUCUUGAAGCAGCAAGGCUUGACAACCUGACAGUGAUUUGCCAUAACUGCACACAAAUUGGCAGACUGUCCCAACUUGUAGAUCAUGACUGUUCACCGAACAGUACCCCAGACCACAAAGUAACCAUAGUGGAAGCACCCAAGUCUUCCCUACUUCCCCAAGAUGAUAAAGCUGCUCAGAUUACAAAUGCAGCAAGGAUCCUUAAAGAGCUGGCUUCUAAUCACAAAGUUGGCACACAAAUACCAUCUGAAGUCGAAGAAGCUACCGAUAAAUGGAUGUGCCACAAACUAAAACAAGAUAAAUCUCUGGUCACAAUCAAAACAGGUGGACGGCCAACCUAUAUCCAACGAGUUGUGAUGUCCCAACGCAGUGAUGACAAAUCCUCAAAGUGUCUGGCAUCUUCUGGAAUGACGACGGAGAAAUCUAUGGCAAUGAUGCGUGACUGCAGCCUUGCGUGGAAUCAGCUACGGAAACUCAGAAGGUACAUGAGUGGAGCAAACAUUCCUUCAGAGCGGGCCAUGCGCAAGACUCAGAAAAUGCUACUCAAGGAUAAUCUAGCUGGCGAAACGAUCAAGCUCUUUUUCAACACAAAUGCAGCCGAUGGGAUCAAUGGCAUGAAGCUCAAGGAAACACCAUUUGUGUAUGUCAAGGACAUCGGAGCAAUGAUUCUGGACUACCUGGACCGCCACGACCAGCAAGGUACCCUGACAUGGCACAAUGGGGUCAUCCCAGCCAACGAAAUAUGGAUUAAGGUCGGCGGAGACAAGGGAGGAAACUCAUUUAAAAUGGAUUUCCAAAUUGUGAAUGUAGCCCAUCCCAACUCCAUAAAAAACACUGUUGUGUUUUCCUGUUUUGAAGCCACCGACUCGAUGGCCAACAUACGGAGAGCACUUCCCCCAAUAUUUGAGCAGCUUUCAGUGCUGUCCACACUGAAGUGGCGUGGAAGGUCCCUACGUGUGUUCCUCUUUGGGGAUUACGAACUACUGAACAAGGUGUAUGGAAUCUGUGGGUGUAAUGCUCGUUACUGCUGCGUUUACUGUUUGGCAAGCAAGAAGACAAUGCAAUUGCCAAUCGCAGAGCGAGGCCCAUGCUUGCCUCGUAACCUCCAAAACAUCAGAGAGCAUCACCAGCUAUUCCUGGAGGAUGGAGCACGACCAUCACGGGCCAAAGAUGUUUCAUACAGCAUUGUGAAUCCCUCCUUAAUACCCAUUGAGACUGACCAUGUCAUAAUCCCUACCUUGCAUAUUUCUCUGGGCGUGUACAAAAAGCUGUUCGAUCUGCUUGAGAGGGCCUGCCAUGAUCUCGAUGUCAAGUUGUUCCAGCUACGGGUCACGUCUCAAGAUCAUGAAGAAGGAACCAACUUUGAUGACCAGAUAGCUGCAGAAAUACAAAGGCAGAACAAGAUUCAGCAAGAUCUUACUGAAAAGCGGUCCGCUCUGGAACAAGCCGAGGAAGAACUCCCCCUCUAUGCCCUGAGGAACAACUGUGACAAGAUGGAUGAAGCUUUCCGUGAUACAGCUACAUCUGUUUUUAAACUGCGAGCAGACAUCAGAGACUUGGAACAAGACGCUCUGUCAGCGAAGCUUACCUACGCAACUGGUCCCAUUGCUAGUGCCCUUGACAGAGUCCUCCAUGACCACAAAGUUCAGCGACAAGCGUACCAUGGGAAAGCUUUCGUGGGUAACCAUGUCAACAAAUGCUGUGAGCCAAAGCUAAUUGACGCCCUCACUAAAGUCCCCCCGGAAGAGCUUGAAAGACAGCUGACAGACGAUAUGUCCCUUGCUGCUCAAGAACGACUCAGACGGCAGGCGUUUCAACACCGUGCAAAUUUUAGAGAAGUUUUUCUGAAAUUUGCAGAUGUCCAUAAGGGCAUUAACCAUGCCCUUGCUUUGACUGACGAAGAUGUCCUCCGCAUAGAUGUAAGUAUUCGGGAACUCUUGAGGACCUACCGCCAGCUUUUCCCGGAGGAAAGAAUCACUCCCAAGCUCCACCUGCUUGAAGACCAUGCUGUGGAUCAGCUACAACGCUUUCGUGUGGGUCUUGGCUUGCUCAAUGAACAAGGCGGAGAGCUCAUCCAUGCAGAAUUCAACAGAAUCGGCCGAGUGGUUCAAGGGAUGCGGGAUGACUUGGACAGGCUCAUGGCAGUCAUGCGACGACAUCAUGUCUCGACCUGUCCUGAAGUAUUGUGA